CAAAGUUUUGUGCUGGCCAACGCGCGUAUAGUGGAUUACCCCAUUGUCUACUGCAACGAAGGUUUCGCCAAGCUAACUGGCUACAAUCGAGUGGAUAUAAUGCAAAAAAGCGGCAGCUGUGCCUAUCUCUACGGGGACCAGACUUCGGAGGAAAUGAAGAACCGACUAAUGUCCGCCUUGGAUAACCACACAAAAGAGCAGCUGGAAAUUCUGCUUUACAAAAAGAACAGAUCUCCCCUUUGGCUGAUGGUGCACGUCGCCCCGGUUGUGAACGAGCGCGCUGAAGUUAUCCUCAUUUUGUUGACAUUUCGGGAUAUCACUCCGCUGAAAACACCACUGGAGGAUGAGGAGUCUAACAAGGGUGGGUUAUCUAAAAUAUAUGUAUUUUAA